AUGAAUAUACAACAUUUUUUGCCUGUACAGCUUUCUUUCCUCCUAUUAUUAUUACUGGUGAUAAAAGAAUGUGGAUGUAAACGAGGUGGUAUACUUGGCGGUCGUGGUACAUCAGGUAGUCGAUCCGGUGGUUUAUUUGGUGGUUGGCGUAAGAGUGGUGGUGGAUCGUUUGGCUCGGGAUCUGGUCCUGUGAAAUCUGGUUAUCCACGGAGAACGUAUGGAGGUGGUAACAUUGGUAGAACGAGAAGUGAUCGUUGGGGUAGCAGCUCACGUACUUCGUGGGGGCGACCACGUGGUGGCGGCUUGUUUACCAAAUCAAACAUUGGCUCCUUUAUCGCUGGUGCUGCAGCUGGUUACCUCACUUAUAAGGCUGGCAAAGCAUUGAUACGAAGUGCUCAUGCACCAAUGAUGUGGAAUAAUCGACCAUAUUAUUGGGGUUCCAAUUACUAUCGUGGUGGCUACGGUACACAUAUGUGUCGCAUGCCUAUUGAAGGAGAUGAUCCACAGUUGGGUAAUGUAUACUUCGAGGAUGGUGGAAGACCGAAAGAACUUGUCUGGAGUUGUAAUUAUGAUGAAUAUUGCUGUGGCUAUGACUGCUGUUGGCGCGGUGGUGGCACUUCAUCUUUUUGGAGUCGCGGGUUCGGCGAUAUCCUUCUAAUUCCUGUUGCUAUCAUGCAUUUCGUUUGA